AUGGCCUAUGACAACCGUACAAGCCGGCCGGUUGCCAACCUGCACGAUGAAUCCGACGUGGAGGAAGAGACGCUCGUCAAUGAUUACCGGGAGCAAGUACAUUUCGAUGAUGGCAUGAGUGACCUAGACCGGACGACGUCGUUGGGCGGCGGGUCGCAGACGCAGGACUUACAAGCACAGCUGGCGGCGGCGGCGACACCGCUCGAGUUCCAAGCCACGCUAGAGACGAAGUUUGCGAGCUAUGAUAACUAUUGUAGCUUGUUUCAUUAUAUAUUGAAUUCAGAUGGGCCGGUGGAUUUGGAGGUCCCUUCUUAUUUCUGGGCGUGGGAUGUGAUUGACGAGUUCAUCUACCAAUUCGAAUCCUUUUGCCGGUACCGCAACCGCAUCGCUCGUACUGGCUCGAAUGAGGAGGAGGCUCAACUUCUGCGGGAGAAUCCCAACACCUGGGGGUGCUAUUCAGUUCUUAACGUGCUCUACUCACUUAUCCAAAGAUCCCAGAUAAACGAACAACUUGCAGCCAUCAAGCGCAACGAAGAUCCCACAGACGUUGCGGGAGAAUAUGGAAACCGACCCCUGUACAGAAUGCUAGGCUAUUUCUCCAUCAUCGGCCUGCUCCGCGUCCACUGCUUGCUGGGCGACUUUAGUCUUGCUUUGAAGACCCUCGAUGACAUCGAGAUGAACAAAAAGGCCAUGUUCGCCCGCGUCAUGGCUGCCCACUUCACUACAUACUACUACGUCGGCUUCUCCUACAUGAUGAUGCGCCGCUACGCCGAUGCCAUCCGCAUGUUCAGCCACAUCCUCGUCUACGUGUCGCGCACCAAGAACUUCCAAAAAGGCAGCAACAGCUACGACGCCAUUGCCAAGAAGAAUGACCAGAUGUACGCCCUGAUCGCCAUCUGCGUCGCCUUCCAUCCCACCCGUCUCGACGACACGAUCCACUCCGCCCUGCGCGAGAAAUACGGUGAACAAUUCAACCGCCUCCAGCGCGGCGGACCUGAGGCUCUGCCAUUAUUCGAAGAGCUCUUCCGCUCCGCCUGCCCCAAAUUCAUCAGUCCGACGCCGCCAGACUUCGACAACCCAGCUAUGAACGUCGACCCCGUCGACCACCACACCGCCAUCUUCAUGGACGAGGUGCGCAAUACCCUCUACAAUCCGACCGUGAAAUCCUAUCUUAAACUCUACACCACGAUGGAUCUGCAGAAGCUCGCUGGCUUCUUGGAUGUUGAACCUGAGCAACUGCGGGCGUGGCUGCUUGUUAAUAAGCAGCGCAGUCGGCAGACUCGGUGGGCAGAUGGGGGUUUGCUGGAGGGUGAGGUAGUCAAUGGGAAUGAUUUGGAUUAUGCGAUCGAGGGCAAUUUGAUCCAUAUUAGCGAGGCCAAGGCGGGGAGAAGAUUGGUGGAUUGGUACUUACGAAACCUGGCACGGACGUAUUAG